AUGGUCUCUUCAUUAUCGUUAGAGACAUACCUCAUCGAUCGCCCUAACCUCGUCAAACCCGAAUCGCCCGAACACGAGGCAAGGGCGAAUGGAAUUAUCGAAAGGUUCAAGGACGAUAAAACGGGGAAGAGGAAGCUUGUUGUGGCGUUUAUGGCUUAUAACCACGAGUACCGGAUUUCGAAUUUGAUCGAGUUGGAGAAUUUUGGGGAUAAACCUGGUAUGCUGAGGUUUGGAGAGUCGGUGGUUCAGUUCGAGAGAAGGCAAGGAGAGGGAACCAUAGCACACAAGGCGAAUAUGGCCGGAUUUUUGGAUCGACUCUGA